CUGAUGCCAUCUGCUGUGAUUCUACAGAAUAAGAAAGAUGUAUCCAGAGUGUGCCAUGCACUGGCUUUUCUGGGAAUGACGAGGUGCCAGGAUUUGUUUUUGAUUCACUCGCAGGGGUGGAAACUUGGAACUAGGUGAGUUCCACGAUAUCUCUGCGAUUCCCUGCAAGAAGGAGGAAGACCAAAGCGAAAACAGAGUAUGCCACUUUGAGUCCAUUGUCUUGUCAAGAGCUUUCUCAGCAGCCCAAUGGAUUUAGCUUAUAUUUCAUUGGCUAGCACUGUGUUAUUGGCCACUGCUGGCAGCACGAUUGCAGAGGAAUGUAGUUUGUGUAGUUGGAUGUAUUGCUGCCUUCAACACAAAUCUUUGAUCUCUUGAUAAGGAUGAAGAUGUGGGUUUUGACUGGCCAACUGACAGGCUAUGCCUUGGUUUCAGAAUCUGGCUGUAAAGGUGCAUACUGUUUAAAGCAUAAAGAAAUGUAGACCCUUCACCAUCUGUGACACUCCAAGCAACACUGCUCAGCUCCAAGAUGGAGCAGAGGAAGAUAGGCCAGCUUGUCUCACAGAACAGUGCACAGGACUGUGCUGCACACUCUGCCUCCUGGUCUGCUUGACCCCCAUCAGCACUUUCAAGAAGAGAACACUGAGAAUAUGCGCACAUUCUUGGUGGGUGCCAUUUCUUCACGGAGCUUUGGCAUAGGGUAAAGGAUUUCUCCUUUGCAAUUUCCUCCUCCUCUGCUUCUUUAUCUUCUUCCUGAUUCUCCUGGUGGUUAGAUCUUAGGGGAAUGUAGGUCUCUGUAUUUGAUCCCCACCCAAAGGUCUCCCCCCUUCUGCAUGGGGAGGCCAAUCUAUGCAAAGACAUUUUACUUCCUUCUGUGACUUUGUCAAUCCUGGAAUAUCCUGGGAGAAGACUCACCUCUCAGAGCUGUUUCCACGAGCAGCCUACAUCCUGGCUAACAAAGGGAGAAGAAACACUUCCCACAUCCAGGGAUGUGCAAACAACCCCCUGUGAUGACAGAAUUGUUCUGCAGCUGCAGUGUCCAGUGUGCUAACCACUAGCCACAGGGUCACAAAUGGCUCGUGACUGCUUAGAAUGUGAGUAGUGUGACCGAGGAAAUGAAAUUUAAGCUUUUUUUAAAUGUUACUUUGUUUAAAUUUAAAUAAGGGAGCCAGACAAUGAUACAAUGACAAAACAUGACACUUUGCAAGGCUAAGGCAUAUGGGAAGGUUCCAGGUUCAUACCUAGAGACCUCCCUGAGCACACUGGGUGCAUGUGUGCACAUGAUCCAGGCCUGGCUGGAGCUGGGGGUGGGUUGCUUUAUCAGAACCCUACUGGGGAUGCUGCCUCUCUCCCAUAAAAGAAAUGGAUGAAUGAAUUUUUAAAAAAAUAUAUUUUUUCAUCUUUUUAAAGUUUUAUUUUAUUCAUGAUAGAGUGAGUGCAUUGAUGAGAGACAGGAGCAUCCUUGACAGGGUCUUGCCACCCUGUAAUCCCCUCUACCCAGACCUCCAGCUCAAGCUGACCCAGGAAUCUGAACCAUGGUCAGCUGUAUGGCAUCCAGCCACUGCAGUUCAGUUGGUUACUGGCCACACUUCCAGGCUGGGCCUGGAUGAAUUCUAAGGAAGGAAGGAAGGAAGCAAGCAAGGAAAGAAGGAAGAAAGGGAGG